AUGGCGAUAACAAUGAGACUGGCAGCCAAGUUCAACUCUUACUAUGCGGAGAAGCCAGGUAAUAUCCCAAUUUCUGCUAGCAGUUGGGCCGUAAUUUAUGAGCUGUCUAAGCUGACAAUAUCGGGGCAUCCAGUGUUGACCACUAUGGUCACCAAUGCCGUACUGGGCGGCAUCGCAGACACAGUAGCCCAAUCCAUCUCCGCCGUACGGACACGCAUGGCCGCCCGACGCCGCCAACGCACCUCCCAAAACAACGACCUAAUCUCCAUAGAAAUACACGACCUACAUAAAAAAAAGCCGCCCGUCGUUGGCGAGCUAAGUCACCACAGCAGCGGCAACGGCAACGGCAAUGGCAACGGCAACGGCAACGUCAACGGCAACAGCAACGGCAGACACGUCACACCAGCACCGUUUGACUUUGAGCGGCUAACCCGCUUCAUGACGUAUGGGUUUUUCAUGGCCCCGAUCCAAUUCCAGUGGUUUGGCUUUCUGGCGCGGACGUUUCCGAUUACGAAGAUGCAUGCGACUGUGCCGGCGUUGAAGAGGGUGGCGAUGGAUCAGUUCAUUUUUGCGCCGGUUGGGCUUGUGUGCUUCUUUACCUUCAUGACUGUGGCGGAGGGAGGGGGACGACGAGCGAUCGUGCGCAAGUUGCAGGAUGUGUACACGCCGACGCUGAAGGCGAACUUCAUGCUAUGGCCUGCCGUGCAGAUUCUCAAUUUCCGUGUGAUGCCUAUCCAGUUUCAGAUUCCAUUUGUAUCUUCCGUUGGAAUAGCCUGGACGGCAUACCUGUCCCUGACCAACUCUGCCGACGAGGAAUAA